AUGUCGCUCAACAGGGCCACAUUUCCGCCCAUCAACAACCUGCGGGUGUUAUCUAUCUGGCCUUCGUCAGAAGAUCAUGAGAUUGUUUCAAUGAAAGUUGGUGAUCAGUUUUCUGAUAGUGAACAUUUUAGGGAUGCACUUAAGAAUUUUGCUAUCAAAUGCAAUUUUAACUUUACAUUCAUCAAGAAUGACAAGCAGAGAGUGACUGUCAAGUGUACUGUUGAAGGUUGUGAAUGGCGUGCCCACGUGUCCAUGGAAGAUAACCACCAGACGUUUAGGAUUAAGACGAUGUAUCCCACACACAUGUGUGGUGGCGGUAUUGGCACAUCCUCACAUCCCAAGGCAUCAAAAAAGUGGGUGAGUGCACGUGUUAUACAAAAGCUGAAGGACCGUCCCCUGUAUAGGGCUAUUAACAUUCAGCGUGAUAUGUUGCGAGACCACGGUGUCUAUUUAUCCUAUAAACAAGCUUGGCUAGGGAAAGAGGUUGCCAAGGAGGUUCUCCAUGGGAGUGAGGUGGCGAGCUAUGAUUUAUUGAUGUGGUACGCGAAGAAGGUGUUAGUGACAAACCCUGGAUGUAGGCCAUUGCUGUACCUAGAUGGAACUCACUUGCUCGGUAAAUACGGGGGCACUUUGUUAGGUGCAACGGGAAAAGAUGGGAACGAUGGUUUCUUUCAUGUGGCAUUUGCAAUCGUAGAUAAUGAAACGGAUGUGAACUGGACGUGGUUCUUGUCAAAGCUUGGAGAUACUAUAUACGAUGAUGACGAAUAUGUGAAACUUGUUACAUUUAUAUCUGAUAGGUCCAAAGGCCUUAUCAAUGCUGUCGCAAAGAAAUCCGAUCUAGUGCACUGGGCGAACUACAUGUUCAAAGGUGAUAGAUGGGGGGAGAUGUACUCAAACGUGGCGGAGUCGUUUAAUGCAUGGAUAAAAGAGGCACACCAUCUCCCUGUCAUAAACAUGGUAGACUCGAUAAGGUUUAAGCUGAUGGGCAUGUUGUGUCAUCGACGUGAACAAUCUCAUAGAUGGGAGAGACGUCUAUGUCCUGUCAUACAUCGAAAGAUUGAGGAACUUGUUGAAGAGUCUCGCAACCUACUGGUCGGCCGUUCCGAUGGUGACCAUUUUGAAGUGGUUGACCAGAAGAACUACUGCAUUAGUUUGAACGCUCGGACAUGCUCAUGUCGUAGAUGGCAGACUAACAAACGAGGAAUAAUGAAUAUAUUCCUUUUUCACUUUAUCGAGUACGAGGAGAUGGAAGUGACCAUGAAGUAUAAUAGGCAUCAAGAUGAAGUCGACAUCUGCAAACCGGAGUACAACAUCAACCAUCAUGAUUGCUGCGCGUACAUUGUAAGGGUACGGUUCGCUAUUCAUCUGUUCUAUCAGCCAUCAAAAGAGCAAGUGGUCGGGUGA